AUGUCGUCGACAACUCCUCUUCCAAUGUCUCUCCUUUUAGAAGCUUCCAUCUUCCUGGCGGCCUUCUCGGUUCUCCACCACCCGCUCGCUGCGGAGGUCUUCGAGACUUGCGCCGCCGGCUGUGGGAGCGGUCCCGACAUGCUGGUCGCAAGAUUUCCAUUCUGGCUCCGCGGCGACGGGGGGUUCGACACCGGUUGCGGCCUCACUGGCUUUGCCCUGACGUGCGACCAAAACCGUAGCCAGCUCAUCCUCGACCUCCCUCGCUCGGGGAAGUUCGCCGUCCGGCACAUCAACUACACCGACCAAACGAUCUCCAUCAAUGACCCGAGCAAUUGCCUCGCGAAGCGUCUGUUUGAUGGCUUUGACGUCUCAGGUUCUCCAUUCGCGGCAGUGAUGUACAGCAAUUUCACCUUCCUCAACUGCACUUCGAGGCAUGUGAUUUGGCAUGUGCCGACGACAUGUAUGAGCCGAGUGACGAAUGGCAUCGCGGUCCUCGCCACGAUUUCGCAGGACUUCGUGGAGGAGACGACGAAGUCGUUGUUGUGGUGCCGGAGGAUCUCGAAUGUGUUGGUUCCGCUUCAGGAGUCGUCAACGGGGUCGGGGCAAGUGGAUGCCCUGCAGGCUUCGGAUCUCACCGGCGACAUUCUCCUGACUUGGCAAUUGCCGACUUGUAAGUCGUGUGAAGUGCGUGGCGGGAGGUGCGGGUAUGACAUCGGCUCGGGUUCGGGCUGGGGUCCCGAUAGAAAGAUCGGCUGCUGUGACCUUCCUUCUCGGCCUCGAGGUGCCAAAUUUGGUACAAUCAUAGGCGUGGGGGUGCCUGGGCUUUUGUGCAUAGUUGUACUCACAAUCUUCACCUUCAAGAGAGCAAGGGCUCAGGGUAGGGCCCAACUACCCAACAACACGGAUUUGCCCUACUUAAUUCGGCCACAAAGUGCGACAGUUUCCAUGGGCCUUGAUGGGCCCACGAUAGAGUCCUACCCGGUGACCUGGCUCGGCGAGAGUGGCCGUUUGCCCAAGCCCAACGACACCACUUGUCCUAUAUGUUUGCACGAGUACGGGCCCAAAGAGACGUUGAGAUCCAUACCCAACUAUAACCACUACUUUCAUGUCAACUGCAUAUACGAGUGGCUCCGACUGAAUGCCACGUGCCCCGUGUGCCGGAAGUCCCUGAACAACUCCUAG